CAGUUGGGGGAGACGAGUCGAGUAGUGAGCAAGUCUCUCUCUAUCUUUCUCUCUCCUCCCGCGUUAAAGCCAGCUGGUCUCUCCUGUGGAUUCCUUGGUGGCGUGCAUUGUGGACCUUUUGGGUCCCUCUCUAUCUCUUUCUCUCUCCUCCAAAUAUUUCUAUUUUCCUUUUUCUUUUUACUAUUUAAUAUUCCCACCUUCUUCACUUAUUCACUCUCUCCCUUUCCUCGUGCCCCCAUUCAUUCACUCACUCACUCUCCCCCUCCCUCUCUCUCUCUCUUCCCCCCUCCCAAACUCAAUCAUUCCAAAACCCAAAAAAAAGGGGCUUGUUUUCUUGUUUGUUUGAUUUUAAAUCAUAAUUUCCCUCAAAUUACGCAUCAAGAUUCAAUUUUGAUGAAUACCCAAUUCAAUUCAGUGUGAGAAUUAAUCUGGGUUUUUAUUAAUUUGAUUUUUUUGGAUGGCGAAAACAGGGGUUGUUUCUGAAGGAGAUUCAAUUAGGGUACUUGAGUUGAAGAAAGAGCUUAGAUUAUUAGUUAAAACUAUAUUAGAAGAAGAAGAUCAUAAUUAUAAUAAUAAUAAUAAUGAUGAUUAUUCCACAAAUUCGUCUUGUUCAUCAUCUGUUAUUGACGCCAUUGAUAAAGCGAAAGAUCUUCUUUCUAAUUUAAAAGAGAUGAAAAUGAAGAAAACGACGUCGUUGCGGUUAGAUGAUGGCUCUUUCUCUUCUUGCCCUCCUCACUUUUGUUGCCCUCUUUCUAAACAACUCAUGCGAGAUCCUGUUAUCAUCUCCACUGGCCAGACUUAUGACAAAUCCUUCAUCCAGAAAUGGCUGAAAGCAGGGCACAGGGUAUGCCCAAUUACACAACAAGUCCUCUCACACUCACUCCUCACUCCAAAUUACUUGGUGAGGGAAAUGAUCAGUCAAUGGUGCGAAAGCCGUGGUAUUGAGAACCCGGAUCCUGUUGGGUAUAUAAACGAGGACGGAGCCAACGAGGCUGACCGAGACUAUUUCUCAUCCUUGAUUGAUAAAAUGUCAAAGUCAAUAGGCGAGCAAAAGGCGGCCGCCAAAGAACUCCGCCUCCUUACAAAGCGAAUGCCCUCAUUUCGAGCACUUUUUGGCGAAUCAACCGAGGCUAUACCUCGGUUAUUAAAACCCUUAACACAACAAAGGAGAGGUUCCUUUUCGUCGGGGAGUAAUGAGUUGACUCACCCUGAUCUCCAAGAAGAUUUGAUCACGACUUUAUUGAACAUUUCAAUCCAUGAUAGUAACAAGAAGCUUGUUGCAGAAACACCCAUGGUGCUUAAAUUACUAGUAGACGCGUUACAGUUUGGAACACCGGAAACAAGAAGCAAUUCAGCUGCUGCCCUCUUCACAUUAUCUGCUCUUGAUUCAAACAAAGUCCUUAUUGGUAAAUCCGGUGCGUUGAAACCUUUGAUUGAGCUUUUAGACGAGGGACAUCCAAUGGCUGUGAAGGAUGCUGCCUCGGCUUUAUUCAACCUUUGCAUUAUUCAGGAAAACAAAGGAAGGGCCGUUCGUGAUGGGGCGGUAAGAGUAAUUUUUAAGAAGAUCAAGAAUGGGGUACAUAUUGAUGAGUUAUUGGCAAUAUUAGCAAUGUUAUCGACCCAUCAGAGGGCCGUGGAGGAGUUGUCUGAUCUCGGGGCAGUCCCGUGUUUACUAGCUAAUUUGAGGGAAAGCUCGUGUGCUCGGAAUAAAGAGAACUGCAUUGCUAUUCUCUACACAAUAUGUGUAAAUGAUAGGACUAAGUUGAGAGAGAUGCGAGAUGAGGAACGCGCGUAUGGGACAUUGUCACAACUAGCACAAGAUGGAACUUCAAGGGCUAAAAGAAAAGCUAGUGGUAUACUUGAUAGAUUAAACAGAGCUCAUAAUCUCACUCACACUGCUUGAAUCUUGAUGAAGCAAACAUACCAGAAUCAACAAACUGUAUGUAAAUUUUGUACCUUCUCCUGAAAUCUUUGGGUUUUUUUCUCUCUUAUUCUUUUUUGAGUUUUGUAAAUUCUUGGAUUUCUUUGUUUUGUUUUUUUAAAGAAUAGAUUGAGCUAUGAACUACUCCUUAUAAAAUCUGUGAAUAAAAUAAGAAAUCAUUUAAUA